UUUUGAAAGUGUCGGAAUGCGCUCUGUGCCUACAGCAUUACGUGUUCCAGGGGCUUCAAGAAUAUUGGUUCAAAUUCGAGUUUCAGAUAUCAUUUAAGCGGAGACACCCGAUUUAAAGAGGAUUGAAGAAUCUGCUCUGCCUAUAAGUUGUCAAUCUAGCCGUGUCAUCAAUGAGCCUCGCUCAGUCAAUUCGUUAGAUUAUAAUGACUUUUCACAAUGUCCCUAACAUUUUACACGCGUUUUGUGAAGAGAGAACCUGAAAAUCUCCAACACUGGGUUGUGGAGGUGGUGGCCUCUAUGACCACAUUAGCUGUUGUUAGUGUCGGUUUGAGAUUGCUAAGCCGAUAUCUUAAAAGAUCUCACCUAUGGUGGGAUGAUUGGAUGGUUUUAUUCUCCAUGGGCUGGAAUCUUGUCGUUGUCGGCUUCAUCUUCGCAAUGUAUUCAUCCGGUAUGGGUAUACACGCUGACCAAGUCCCGAUGACCUCCAUUGUGAUGAUGGCGAAGUGGCUACUUGUUGCAGAACUUCUGUACGCAUGGAACUUAUGCUGGACGAAAAUCGCAGUCCUCUUGAUGUACUACCGUAUCUUCCGAUUCCCAUUCUUCAAGAGAAUGGCUUAUGUCAUUGGAUCUUUUGUUGUGAUCUGGGGGAUAACUAUCACCUUUGUGUUCAUAUUUAUUUGCACUCCAGUCCAAAAGAUAUGGUAUCCUGAAAUACCCGGCCAUUGCGUUUACCAAGUUGGCACUUGGAUUGCCAAUGCAACAUCCACAAUUAUUAGUGAUGUAGCUAUUCUGGUGCUUCCUAUACGGGAAGUUUGGAAGCUACAGUUGAGGAAAUUUGAGAAGAUUGCUGUCAGUAUAACGUUUAGCUUAGGCUUCUUUGUUGUCUUCGCCUCAGCCUACCGGUUUUCUGUUCUAUUUACCUAUACUCCGUCAGAUCCGACUUACACCCUCGCGCGAACUGUCGGCUGGACUUCGAUCGAGAUGUCUGCUGGGAUUGUCUCCGCCUGCCUACCGGUAUUACGUCCAGUGCUCCAAGCCCUUACCCACUCUAUGGGUGUAUAUGGCUUGUUCUCACACAGUGACUCUCGAGAUGUAACAGCAAAGUCUCGGUCUGAAUCAACAAGGCAAAUGUCCAGUCAAGCGAGGGGAGCUGCCGACCUAGAGCUUGACGAACAAUCAUUUGAGAGCAGAGAUGCGCUUGGAGCCUGGAGAAAUGGAAACGAAAUUGAUUGUGAGAGGUUAGUGGAUUACGGAAACUUAAAAUUAAGGCCUGAGCAUGGUUUUGUUUACUGUGUUGGGAGCGCACAUGAGAAUAAUCCGUCACAGAGAGAUAAAAACAGGCCGAUCUAUAGCAUUACUGUGGAAAAGGACUUUAAGCAUUACACGUCUCAAAAAUAGGCUGAAUCGACCUAAUAAAGUGGAUUUAUACUUUCAAGUCUUUUUUGCUAUAAGGCAGAUGUAAGGAUAGCGAUGAAUGAUUUGGUUUAAUUAGGCAUUUACCUAUUCUAAGAGACUUCUUCGGGA